AUGGCCGUCUCGGACCGGACCGUCCUGGUCCUCUACGGCUCCGAGACGGGCAACGCACAGGACAUGGCCGAGGAGCUGGGCAGCCUGUUCCGGCGCCUGCGCUUCCGGGCCGUCGUUCACGAGCUCGACGCCGCCGACCUCACGGCGCUGCUCGACCACCGCCUCGUCGUCUUCGUCGUCUCCACCACCGGCCAGGGGGAUAUGCCGCACAACUCGCUCAUCUUCUGGCGCAAGCUGCUGCGCAAGAAGCUGCCGCCCGGAUGCCUCGCCUCCCUGCGCUACACGUGCCUCGGUCUUGGGGACAGUACCUAUCUCAAGUUCAACUGGGCGGCGCGCAAGCUGAUCCGCCGCCUAGAGCAGCUCGGCGCCACCACCUUCAUGGACCCCUGUGAGGCGGAUGAGCAGUUUCCCGACGGCAUUGAUGGCACGUUUGUUCGCUGGGCGGAUGAGCUGAAGAGCCAUCUCCUCGAGCACCACCCUCACCCUGGCGGUCUACAGCCCAUCCCAGACCAAGUCAACCUGCCGCCCCGCUGGUCACUCGAGCCCGCCCUGCUCAGAGCCCAGACCGACGCUUCCCAAGACGUCGGUCCGGCCGCCCUCGUCGGCCACCAAUCCGACUCGCCACCUCCGGACCUCCUCCCCAUCCCGGACGCAUGGACUGCCACCAUUGUCGAAAACAAGCGGAUGACGCCCGACACGCACUGGCAAGACGUCCGCCUCGUGUCGCUCGACGUGAGCCCGCGCGGCCCCGUACCCGGCGACAUCCUGAGCUGCAACCCGGGCGACUGCCUGACCGUGUACCCCAAGAACUUCCCCGACGACGCCCAGCGCCUCAUCGCCCUCAUGGGCUGGGAAGCUGUCGCCGACCAGCCCCUCGACCUCUCCUUGUGCGAUGCCUUGCCGCCCGCCCUCUACGCGGCCCCCCGGCCAUGCACACUGCGCGGCCUGCUGCUCCACAACGUCGAUUUCACCGCCGUGCCCCGCCGCUCGUUCCUCCGGAGCAUCUCCUACUUCGCCUCGGACUGCGACCAGCGCGAGCGCCUCGUCGAGUUCACCACGGCCGAGUUCCUCGACGAGUACUUUGACUACGCGACCCGCUCCCGCCGCACCAUCAUCGAGGUCCUCGACGAGUUCUCCUCGGUCCGCGUGCCCCCCGGGCGCCUGCUCGACGUCUUCCCCCUGAUCCGCGGCCGCGACUUCAGCAUCGCAAACGGCGGCGCCACCCUCCGCCACCCCACGGACCCGCGCGCCGCCCGCGUCGAGCUCCUCGUCGCCCUCGUCAAGUACCGCACCAUCCUGCGCAAGCCCCGCCAAGGCCUCUGCUCCCGCUACCUCGCCGACCUGGCCCCCGGCGCCACCCUCCACCUCUCCCACAAGCCCGUCCUCUCCCCCGUCCACGGCCCGGCCAACGCCCGCCGGCCCCUCGUGGCCAUGGCCACCGGCACCGGCAUCGCCCCGGUCCGCAGCCUCAUCCACGAGCGCCUCACCCACCCGGCCCCGGCCCCCGUCCUUGUCUUCUUUGGCAACCGCAACCGCGCCGCCGACUUCUUCUUCGCUGCCGAGUGGCAGCACGCUCUCGACCACCGGGACAUCUCCCUCUUCGCCGCCUUCUCGCGCGACCAGCGCGAAAAGGUCUACGUCCAGGACCUGGUCCGCCGCGAGGCUCCGGUCCUUGCCCGCCUGAUUCCCCAGCAGCCCAUCUUUGCCGUCUGCGGCGGCUCCUCCAAGAUGGCCGACGCAUGCAAGAGUGCCGUCUUUGAACCCUUUAUCCAAGCGGGCGACGAGCAAGAGCAAAAGAAGAUUCUCGACGCCGCAACUUGGUGGCAGGAGAUUUGGUAG